AUGGCAACCGCAUUCCAUUCAAGGACUCCAGAACCUCCUUCCUCUAUCCGUACACCUGGGACCCCUAGAUUGGGAGCAUUCGACGAUAAUUACCAACCAUACACUCCUCGAAAGUCCGUACGGGUCCAGCAAAGAUCUCGCGAUGCGCAGACCCCACCUCCUCCUACCCGUCGUACCCAUUUGUCGAACAAUUCAACUACUCCAAAACUAAGUGCUGUACCUACAUCUCCUCAGACCGCGUCAAAAAAGCGAACACCAAGAAAUUCACUUUCCAAUGGCGGACGACGCGUCUCUGGUGCGCUCACCUCCGACUCUAUGACUUCAGCUGCUGCCUCGCUUGGACUUCCAACUCCUACAACCGCAAGAACAACCUCAAGAAAGACAAACGUUGAAUCUUCAACUGCUCUUCGCAAUAACGGUAUGCUGCCAACGCCCGCCAAAACACCCAACGAGCGACCUACACAAAUUGCUCCAGCUGUUCGCUCCAUUGCUCGCAACCUGUUCCCCGUUCGCUCUGGCUCCGACGAAGAAAUCAUGCCUUCCUUGAAGAAGAAGGGUCGCAAGUACAAGGGUUUCACUUUGGAUAGCUUCGAAACUGAAGAAGAUUCCACCCCAAUCCAAAUCUUCACUGAUUCCCACGAUCGCGUUCCUGAAGUCGAUCUGAGCUCUGACAAUCCAUUCUACGGCGAGUCAAGUCGAUCCAUCCCUGAGCCCACGAAGCGUUCUAGCAAGCGCAGAAAGGUCUCUGUUCCUGGCGAAGGUGAGCACACCGUUGAGGAGCUUGAGCAACGUGAAGAUGGUCUGGUCUAUGUAUUCCGUGGCAAGAAAGUCUUUCGCAAGUUUGGUGAUGGUGACGACGAACUCAAGGGCAGUCAAUCACUUAUUGACGAGUCUGAAUCAGAGGAGGACGUUGAAGGCGAUCAAAAUCUCACCAGCAAUCUUCGUCGUCCUUUAACUCGGUCCUCAAUUAAGCCCCGUCUUCUCUUCCCCACGGCUGAGCAGUCCAGAGCUCGCGAGGCACAAUCCCACAACACUGAGGACGAGGAAGCCGAUACUGAUAUCGAAGAGCCAAUGAAUGAUGUUUCUACUCCUUUCGAUCAGGUCAAUGAAGUCGCAACUACGCCGAAGGCACCCCGAUUCGGUCCAGUCACCCCACCUACGACCACCCGUGCUACUCGAUCCAAGAAAGUUGAGAUUUACAGUUCUCCAGCAGGUCCUACUAGUGAUGAUGAGUCAUUACCUAGAUCUCCAAUGAUACGAAACCACCGAACCGCCAGCGGCAAAGUCAGCCCAUUCGACCAAUGGCAACGUGUCAAGCCAGUCAAGCCGUCCCCUAGCAAAGGAGGAAAGAAGAGAGAGGGAGAGAGUCUGGCUCGGGACAGCGACAAGAGGCUUCGGGGACGUAUGUAA